UAAAAUGGCGACAAAUGAAAAAUUCACCCUUUUAACUGUCAAUGAUUGGCCUCGUUUGCAGUAUUUGUACAAACAAGAUUGGCCAAAAUACAUUGUGCCAUACUACCUGUUGCAAAACUACAUUUCGUGGCAUGCAAAGGACGAGGAAUAUGUCGAGAAAAACGUCAAAGUUGUGAUUCUCGAAGACGAUUGGUCUGACGGAACAUUUUUGCUAUUGGAGAAAAGUUAUUUGUUCUUUUACACGUUAAACAAAUCCCCGAAACGCUUGGAGCAGCUGUUGGAAUAUUUGGACCCGACAAAGUUGUAUCGUGCUCGUUGUAUUUAUGAGAAAGACAAGCACUCCUUUAAGAAAGUGUGUCUCGGGAAGUUUGGCAUGCAAUUGUAUCACGAACACGAUUGCGUAAUGUUUGCAAUGAUGCGCGAAAAUGCCUUGCAUUAUAUGGAAAGACCAAUCCCGAAAGGGAUAACGUUGAAACGACUUACGCCAGAUAUUGUUCCUCGAAUUACGCCACACUACGUGUUACGAAACGAAGAUACGAGCGAGCUGUUUGAACGUUUAAUCAACUUCAACUUUAGCAUGGGAGCUUUUAACGACGAAGGAGAGUUACUUGCUUACAAUCUGCAAUUCAUGUCAGGCGAAGUGAUGGCGAUGCAAGUUGAUCCAAAACACAAACGGCGCAAACUUGGUUCGAUUCUGGCAGAAAGGAUGGGAAAAUUAAUUUCGCGGAAUGGAGCUGAUGUCUUUGCAAGAGUUGCUGCUGAAAAUACGCCAGCUCUCAAGAUGUCUGAAAGUUUGGGCAUGACAAAUUUAGGGCGAAUGUCGCACAUUGUCGUCGGUCCAAAAGAUGACAAAAUCAAGAAUAAAUUGUAGAAUUUAAAAAAAACGCAGAUUUUUUUUCGCUGA